GCAAACUCCGGCAGCUGCGUUGAACUGCUUAAUGCAGGGCAGUGAAUUCACCUCUUUCUUCUGAGCAUGCUCAAAACCUGUGGGCAUGCUCAGUAAUGUUUAUUUCUUUCUUUUAAAGCAGCAGCAAAGCCGCCUGAUUCGUAGAAGCCGGCAGCAGAACUUCCUCGGCUGGGCCAGGGCUCUUCUCUUUCUCGGACUCCACCCCAACCGCUCUAUGGCAGCCCAGAAGAAACUCCAGGGUGUUGUGGCAGCCACUGUCACGCCAAUGACUCCGGAUGGAGAAAUCAACCUCUCUGUGAUUGGCCAAUAUGUGGACUACCUGAUAAAUGAGCAAGGUGUGAAGAAUGUCUUUGUAAAUGGAACCACAGGAGAAGGCCUGUCCCUGAGCGUUCAGGAGAGGAAGCAGCUGGCCGAAGAGUGGGUGACUAAGGGCAAAGAUAAACUGGAUUACGUGAUUAUUCAUGUUGGCGCACUCAGUUUACCAGAAGCAAGGGGACUGGCUAAGCAUGCAGCAGAAAUAGGAGCGGAUGGCAUAGCUGUCAUCGCCCCCUCUUUCUUCAAACAGGUGAAGAAAGAUGCUCUAGUUGCCUUCCUGCGGGAUGUUGCAUCUGAAGCCCCAGGAAUCCCAUUCUAUUAUUACCACAUCCCUCCCCUGACUGGUAUAAAAAUUACUGCCUACGAACUGCUAAAUGGGAUGAUAGAGCAGAUUCCCACCUUUAAGGGGGUGAAGUUCAGUGAUAAAGACCUCCUGGAUUUUGGGCAGUGUGUGAAGAAAAAUGACAGAGGCCAGUUUGUACUUCUGUAUGGUGUGGAUGAGCAACUCCUGGCUGCACUCGCUAUGGGAGCGACUGGGGCAGUUGGAAGCACCUAUAACUAUCUGGGCAAGGCAAAUAACUCAAUGCUGGAAGCUUUUGCCAAUGGAGACCUCUCCUUGGCACAAAAAUAUCAGUGCAGUACCCAGGAAGUAAUCAGCUUUUUCAUGGCACAGGGCUUUGGCGUUGCAGAGACCAAAGCAAUCGUGACUCUGCUUUCAGGGAUACCCAUGGGUCCCCCACGACUUCCACUCUCAAGUGCCUCUGAGGAGUUCAUUGCCAGUGUAAAACCCAAAUUGGAGAGCCUGAAGAACUGUUGCUACAGCUGACUUUAAGUAUCCAAUGUGGGCAUAGGAACAUGGGCCAUGCAACUUGGUGAACAGGUCUCACUUCCAUACUUGAGAUGCAUCCUGACUGCUCAGCUUCCGUGAGGAAAUUACUCAAAGACUCCUAACAGGGACUAUGCAUUGGUGCCCUCUACAUACCUUGCCUGGAUGGAAAACAGUAGCUGCUUUGCUGCUUGGCAAGGAUGCCUCUCCAAUAAAAAGAAAAUAGCUUAUUUUGAAAAUAGGAAGAUGCUGUUGACAGAACGUCUAUCAUUCUUUUGCACUACUGGGGAAUCAAGACACAGCUUAGACUGCCAAACUCCUUUAUGCUUUUCUUGCCACUUUCAUAUCCCUAACCAAAAUACAAACAGUGAUAUAACUGGAUUUAGUACCUUGUAAACCUGAAUUGUGUUUACAGAACCCAGACUCUGGAAACUCCAAUGUCGACAUUAUUUCAAGAAGUUCCUAAACUUUUGCAAGUUGUUUUUCUAUUUUCCUGCAGAGUUGCUGACAUUGUUGGACUCCAACUGCCAUUAGCUUCAGCUAGCUUGGCCAGUAGUCAGGGAUGAUGGGAAUUGUAGUCUGAAAACAGCUGGAGACCCAAGUUUGGGAAACACUGAGCUAAAGCUAUCCUGCCAGGAGGUCCAAUCUUCAGUAAGCACCUAGAGGUGAUUCCUCAUGAGAAGAUCCAAUAGUGGGACUCAAGCCUCUUGCUUCAAAAUCAGUGCUUUCUAGGAAACAGGUCUACGGCUGGAGAUGAGGCCAGGAAGCCUGUCCACCCAUCAGGUUGUUUUACAACUCACAUCAGGGAUGAUUGGCAGUGACUGUCCACUCCACGGUUAGUAGGAAGCUCUUCUGUGUACCCCCAUGGCUGCAGCAGAUUCUCCAUACCAGUUAUGGUCUCAAGGUCAGAUACCCGGGACUUUUCUGACAAGUAACCUGUGCCCCUGGCAAAGAAUUCUGGGGAACAUUCUGUAGCACACAUACGGUUCUUACUGAAUGUUGUUCCAUUUUAAGAAGAUGUACAAGAGACACUUGAUCUGGAGAGAUUAAAAUGAACAGUGUGAAGUAUUUUAUAAACUUACCUGUUACCUAACUGGAACGUAUUAACAUGCAUGGAAUGUCUGUUGGAGAAGGAAAGAGAUUUCUUUGUUAAAUUUACUUUCAAAACUGCAAAAAUAAAGUCUUUUUUGUGGGCAAAA